AUGUUCGCAUUCAGAAUCGGAAUUAGGUCCGGAUUUGACAGAACCUCUCGGAUGGGUUUCCGCUCAGUGCGCCUCAACUCCACGCAGAUACCUGGCGAGAAGAAGCCCAAGGGAAUCAAGUUGUUGAUGCAGGAAUACGGAUACUCUGCCCUCGGAGUGUACUUUGCUUUGAGCUGUAUCGACUUGCCCAUCACCUUUCUGAUGGUCCAUUCUGCAGGAGAAGAGGCAAUUAGAGAGUAUCAAGACCAAUUCUUAAGAUGGAUCGGCUGGCGAAAGGGCGAUCCAGUGAAUUCCGACGCAGAGACGGAGAAAUCAAGCGAGUCAGGAUAUUCCACCUUGUGGACCGAGUUCGCCGUUGCGUACGCUAUACACAAAUCAUUGAUCUUUAUCCGUCUACCAAUCACCGCCGCAAUUACCCCAGCAGUUGUGGGGAAGCUUAGAAAGAUGGGAUUCAACGUCGGAAAGAUCACCAGUGCCGCUAGACAGAGCGUUGGAGAACAAGGUAUUAGAAAGACUCUCACGUCUGAUGGUUUGAAGAGUCUCGGCAAAAACAUCAACCACGAUCCUGCAGCAUUGAACCCGAAAUUCGGUAAGCCACCCUCGAAGGGCCAAAGAUGGUUCUUUUAA